AUGAAAGUGAGGAAAUAUAUUACUUUAUGCUUUUGGUGGGCCUUUUCAACAUCCGCUCUUGUAUCAUCACAACAAAUUCCAUUGAAGGACCAUACGUCACGACAGUAUUUUGCUGUAGAAAGCAAUGAAACAUUAUCCCGCUUGGAGGAAAUGCAUCCAAAUUGGAAAUAUGAACAUGAUGUUCGAGGGCUACCAAACCAUUAUGUUUUUUCAAAAGAGUUGCUAAAAUUGGGCAAAAGAUCAUCAUUAGAAGAGUUACAGGGGGAUAACAACGACCACAUAUUAUCUGUCCAUGAUUUAUUCCCGCGUAACGACCUAUUUAAGAGACUACCGGUGCCUGCUCCACCAAUGGACUCAAGCUUGUUACCGGUAAAAGAAGCUGAGGAUAAACUCAGCAUAAAUGAUCCGCUUUUUGAGAGGCAGUGGCACUUGGUCAAUCCAAGUUUUCCUGGCAGUGAUAUAAAUGUUCUUGAUCUGUGGUACAAUAAUAUUACAGGCGCAGGGGUCGUGGCUGCCAUUGUUGAUGAUGGCCUUGACUACGAAAAUGAAGACUUGAAGGAUAAUUUUUGCGCUGAAGGUUCUUGGGAUUUCAACGACAAUACCAAUUUACCUAAACCAAGAUUAUCUGAUGACUACCAUGGUACGAGAUGUGCAGGUGAAAUAGCUGCCAAAAAAGGUAACAAUUUUUGCGGUGUCGGGGUAGGUUACAACGCUAAAAUCUCAGGCAUAAGAAUCUUAUCCGGUGAUAUCACUACGGAAGAUGAAGCUGCGUCCUUGAUUUAUGGUCUAGACGUAAACGAUAUAUAUUCAUGCUCAUGGGGUCCCGCUGAUGACGGAAGACAUUUACAAGGCCCUAGUGACCUGGUGAAAAAGGCUUUAGUAAAAGGUGUUACUGAGGGAAGAGAUUCCAAAGGAGCGAUUUACGUUUUUGCCAGUGGAAAUGGUGGAACUCGUGGUGAUAAUUGCAAUUACGACGGCUAUACUAAUUCCAUAUAUUCUAUUACUAUUGGGGCUAUUGAUCACAAAGAUCUACAUCCUCCUUAUUCCGAAGGUUGUUCCGCCGUCAUGGCAGUCACGUAUUCUUCAGGUUCAGGCGAAUAUAUUCAUUCGAGUGAUAUCAACGGCAGAUGCAGUAAUAGCCACGGUGGAACGUCUGCGGCUGCUCCAUUAGCUGCCGGUGUUUACACUUUGUUACUAGAAGCCAACCCAAACCUAACUUGGAGAGACGUACAGUAUUUAUCAAUCUUGUCUGCGGUAGGGUUAGAAAAGAACGCUGACGGAGAUUGGAGAGAUAGCGCCAUGGGGAAGAAAUACUCUCAUCGCUAUGGCUUUGGUAAAAUCGAUGCCCAUAAGUUAAUUGAAAUGUCCAAGACCUGGGAGAAUGUUAACGCACAAACCUGGUUUUACCUGCCAACAUUGUAUGUUUCCCAGUCCACAAACUCCACGGAAGAGACAUUAGAAUCCGUCAUAACCAUAUCAGAAAAAAGUCUUCAAGAUGCUAACUUCAAGAGAAUUGAGCACGUCACGGUAACUGUAGAUAUUGAUACAGAAAUUAGGGGAACUACGACUGUCGAUUUAAUAUCACCAGCGGGGAUAAUUUCAAACCUUGGCGUUGUAAGACCAAGAGAUGUUUCAUCAGAGGGAUUCAAAGACUGGACAUUCAUGUCUGUAGCACAUUGGGGUGAGAACGGCGUAGGUGAUUGGAAAAUCAAGGUUAAGACAACAGAAAAUGGACACAGGAUUGACUUCCACAGUUGGAGGCUGAAGCUCUUUGGGGAAUCCAUUGAUUCAUCUAAAACAGAAACUUUCGUCUUUGGAAACGAUAAAGAGGAGGUUGAACCAGCUGCUACAGAAAGUACCGUAUCACAAUAUUCUGCCAGUUCAACUUCUAUUUCCAUCAGCGCUACUUCUACAUCUUCUAUCUCAAUUGGUGUGGAAACGUCGGCCAUUCCCCAAACGACUACUGCGAGUACCGAUCCUGAUUCUGAUCCAAACACUCCUAAAAAACUUUCCUCUCCUAGGCAAGCCAUGCAUUAUUUUUUAACAAUAUUUUUGAUUGGCGCCACAUUUUUGGUGUUAUACUUCAUGUUUUUUAUGAAAUCAAGGAGAAGGAUCAGAAGGUCAAGAGCGGAAACGUAUGAAUUCGAUAUCAUUGAUACAGACUCUGAGUACGAUUCUACUUUGGACAAUGGAACUUCCGGAAUUACUGAGCCCGAAGAGGUUGAGGACUUCGAUUUUGAUUUGUCCGAUGAAGACCAUCUUGCAAGUUUGUCUUCAUCAGAAAACGGUGAUGCUGAACAUACAAUUGAUAGUGUACUAACAAACGAAAAUCCAUUUAGUGACCCUAUAAAGCAAAAGUUCCCAAAUGACGCCAACGCAGAAUCUGCUUCCAAUAAAUUACAAGAAUUACAGCCUGAUGUUCCUCCAUCUUCCGGACGAUCGUGA